UUUCAAUGUAGUCAUGAUUAUCUUGCAUAUAAUUGUACUUAGAUUUCAAUGAUUAGUGUCUAGAAGAAUUUGCAGAAAAUGAACAAAGAGCAAAGUAGUGUUCUGAAAGCAUGGGAGGCCACCAUGCGCAAGACUCAAGCUGCAAAAAAACGAGCAAAUAGCAUUUUUGGGAUAACAUCUGUGGCGAACGUACCUCAAAACGACGUCCAAGGCGACGAUACUGCUAAAAAUGUUAGCACAUCCGGGGAACCGUACUUCGCCGAGAAAAUCCUUCCGAACGGGGAUUAUUACACGGGGCAAUGGCACGAUAAUUUCCCCGACGGACAAGGGAAAUACUUGUGGACAGACGGAUGCAUCUAUAUCGGAGAGUGGCACAAAGGCAAAACUAUGGGGAGGGGAAGGUUCACCUGGCCCUCUGGUGCUAGUUAUGAAGGAGAGUUCAAAACCGGAUACAUGGAUGGAACCGGUGUAUAUAUCGGAGCCAAUGGGGAUACAUACAAGGGAAACUGGGUGAUGAACUUGAAACAUGGACAUGGCACAAUGCACUAUUCGAACGGAGAUUUGUUCGACGGCGAAUGGCGUCGGGGUUUACAAGAAGGACACGGGAAAUAUCAAUGGAAGAACAAGAACUAUUACGUAGGAGAAUGGAAGAACGGCGUGAUUUCCGGUAAGGGGACAUUCGUGUGGAGCAAUGGGAACAAGUAUGAAGGAUUUUGGGAAGAUGGUCUGCCAAAAGGAAAUGGAACAUAUCAAUGGCCUGAUGGUAGUUUUUACGUAGGGAAUUGGAACAAAGAUCCUGAUGAACAAAAUGGUACAUAUUACCCUUCAGAAUCAUCUUCUUCUUCAGCUGCAGAUUUCGAAUGGGAUCCUAUGACAGUGUACAAUGACUUGGCUAACAGCAAAGUCUGCCAUGCAGAAAGGGUUUCGAUUAUGCCAUCACAAAAGAGAUUAGCAAUGUGGUAUUCAACAAAGGGUGUUGAUCGGCCUAGAAGACUGUCGGUUGAUGGUAGGGCAAGUGUAGGUGUAGAGAGGCCAUUAGAUAAGGCCAGCUUAUGGGAGAAUGAUGGUGAUGGGAAUAGUUUAAGAGAUUUGGAUUAUGAGUUGUAUGAUGAUACAAACCCAAAGUUCAACCUUGGGUUGCCUUUGAAAGUGCCCAAACUAGGAAAAAGACAGGGGGAGACAAUAUCCAAAGGUCAUAGGAACUACGAACUCAUGCUGAAUUUGCAGCUAGGGAUCAGGCAUUCUGUAGGAAGACCUGCACCAGCCACUGGUUUUGAUCUCAAGGCUUCAGCUUUUGACCCUAAGGAGAAAAUCUGGACCAGGUUUCCUCCUGAAGGUAGUAAAUACACCCCACCACAUCAAUCUUGUGAGUUUAGAUGGAAAGAUUAUUGUCCAGUAGUAUUCAGGACUUUGAGGAAAUUGUUCAAGGUAGACCCAGCAGAUUACAUGAUAUCCAUUUGUGGGAACGAUGCACUGAGGGAACUAUCUUCCCCUGGUAAAAGUGGAAGCUUCUUUUAUCUGACAAAUGAUGAUCGAUACAUGAUCAAAACCAUGAAAAAGUCUGAAACGAAAGUGUUUUUAAGGAUGCUUUCAGCUUAUUAUAACCAUUGCCGAUCCUUUGACAAUACUUUGGUAAUAAAAUAUUACGGCUUGCACUGCGUAAAACUCACUGGCCCGGCUCAAAAAAAGGUACGAUUCAUUAUUAUGGGGAACCUCUUACGCUCCGACUAUACAAUUCAUAGACGAUUUGACUUGAAAGGGUCUUCUUUAGGACGCAUAACAGAUAAGGCCGAGUCUGAGAUCGAUAAUACCACUAUACUUAAGGAUCUUGAUCUCAAUUUCAUAUUCAAACUGCAGAAAUCUUGGUUUCAGGAGUUUUGUUGGCAAAUCGACAGGGAUUGUGAGUUUCUUGAACAAGAAAGAACAAUGGACUAUAGUCUUUUAGUGGGUCUUCAUUUUAGAGAAACAUCACCUAAUGGAGAGCUAGUUCCUUGCGAGGACGUUCUUCAUCCGGUUAAUUCACAAAAUGAUGCAGCUCAUCAUCUUCCUAGAACUGAUAUGGACCAACUUAUUCUAGACCCUAAGAGGUGGGCUAGCAUCAAGCUAGGUAUUAACAUGCCGACGAGAGUCGAAAGAACGAUAAGGAAACAGGAACUUGAACUACAACUAGUCGGAGAACGGACGGGGGAGUGUUACGAAGUUGUGAUGUUCUUUGGCAUCAUCGAUAUACUUCAAGAUUAUGACAUUACCAAAAAGCUCGAGCAUGCUUAUAAAUCUAUUCAGUAUGACCCUACUUCGAUAUCAGCUGUGGAUCCGAAACAGUACUCUAGACGAUUUCGGGACUUCAUUUUUAAAGUUUUUGAAGAAGACACUUAG